AUUUAUUAUUCUGCAGCAAAACUUUAGCAGGAGAGGGGACAAAUGUUGAGAAUUGGGAGAACCAAUUCAGCUGCUUCAAUUCCAUCUUCAUCUUCCAUUAAUGGCGGUUCCGAGGUAGCAUCCCGGAGAACCAAUUUGCUUCUCGCUCACUCAAUGGCCAAGCCCAACAGCAGGACUUGGGCUGUUCUUGAACCACUGGCUGAGGAGUUCGAUAUUUCCAAUCAUUUUCGUACUUCAAUUCGAUCUCUCUCCCUCUCCACUGUCUCCGAUUCCGAGACCCUAAUUUACGCCGGAACCAAAUCUGGAGCACUUAUCCUAUUCUCUGUAACUCCAAAAUAUUCAAAUUCUUGCGCUUUCGGUUCUGAACCAGCUGACUCGGAUGCUUCCAGAAUUGUCUCUUCGUCGGAGAGAGUUUCACUUGUGAGGAGUGUUGCGGUUAGCGUUUCCCCAGUCGUCCGUUUGCACGUGCUUCGUGGAAUUGAAAGGGUUUUAGUACUUUGUUCCGAUGGGUUUCUGUAUAUCGUUGAUUCGCUUCUUUUACUGCCAGCGAAGAGGUUGACGAGUUUGAAAGGAGUUUCUUUGAUUGCGAAGCGAAUUCGGAGUAGUGAGUCCGAGUGUUCUAACCUGUAUGAGAGGGUGGAUGGUAAUUCUGGAUUUACGAGCUCAGGUCAAAGGUUUUUGCAGAGACUGGGAGGUGGGAUACGAACAAAUGGCUUGAAAAUCAAAGAUUCAGAAUCGCCACGUGAAGAAAGUAAUUGCGUUUUUGCGGCUUUAAUUGGUAAAAGGUUAAUUCUAUUCGAAGUUGUUUUAGGUCGUCCAACUGGCAGAAGUGACCGAGAUAUUGGUGAUGCCAACGAGUCCCUUCUGAUUUUGAAAGAAGUACCGUGUAAUGAAGGAGUUUCAACAAUGGUGUGGCUCAAUGAUUCAAUAAUUGUUGGUACUGCUAACGGGUAUUAUCUUGUUUCAUGUGUUACGGGAGAGAAUAGUCUAAUAUUUAAAUUACCAGAGUUUUCGAGUCCUCCAUGCCUUAAAUUGUUGCGGAAAGAGUGGAAGGUGCUAUUAUUGGUGGAUAGAGUAGGCAUUACUGUUGAUGCUUAUGGUCAACCUAUUGGUGGGAGUCUUGUGUUUCAUGAUAUCCCAACUUCUGUUGCUGAGAUAUCUGCGUAUGUAGUUGUUGCAAGCAGUGGACGGCUGAAGCUAUAUCAUAGGAAUACUGGUAGCUGUAUUCAAAAAAUUACUUUUAAUGGAAACGAAAUUGAGUCUUGCAUCGUUUCAGAUGAGGAAGAUGGUAGUGGGGAUGUUAUUGCCAUUGCUGUGACUAAUAAGGUUAUGUGCUAUCAAAAAUUGCCUUGUGAUGAACAAAUUAAAGAUUUGCUAAGAAGGAAGAAUUUUAAGGAAGCAAUCUCUUUGGCAGAGGACCUAGAGUGUGCAGGUGAAAUGUCCAAGGAUAUGCUAUACUUUGUUCAUGCUCAAAUUGGAUUUCUCUUGCUUUUUGACUUGCAAUUUGAGGAAGCAGUAAAUCACUUUUUGCAAUCUGAGACAAUGCAGCCUUCUGAAAUAUUUCCAUUUGUAAUGAAAGACCCAAAUCGUUGGUCCCUGCUGAUUCCGAGAAAUCGGUAUUGGGCAAUGCAUCCUCCCCCUGCUCCUUUUGAAGAUGUUAUAGACGAUGGUUUGCUUGCCAUCCAAAGAGCCACAUUUCUUAAAAAAGUAGGAGUAGAAACUGCAGUAAAUGAUGAUUUUCUCUUGAAUCCACCAAGUAGGUCUGAUUUGUUAGAGUCAGCAGUAAAACAUAUUAUCAGGUACUUAGAGGCUUCCCGCCAUAAAGAUUUGAUGUCAGCUGUUAGAGAGGGAGUUGACACUCUUUUAAUGUGCCUAUAUAGAACUUUAAAUUCUAUUGACAAGAUGGAGAAACUGGCAUCAUCCGCAAACAGUUGCGUUGUGGAGGAGUUGGAAACAUUAUUAGAUGACUCUGGACAUUUGCGUACUCUUGCUUUCCUUUAUGCAAGUAAAGGGAUGAGCUCAAAGGCUCUUGCUAUUUGGCGUAUCUUGGGAAGAAAUUAUUCAUCUCAUCUUUUGAAGGACUCCUCUAUGGAUGAAGGUGCUCUAGACAACAAUGUUGUAGAUAUAUCUGGUAAGGAAAUGGCUGCAGCAGAGGCAUCGAAGAUUCUCGAGGAAUCAUCUGAUCAAGCAUUGGUUCUUCAGCAUCUCGGAUGGAUUGCAGACAUCAACCAGCACUUUGCUAUUCAGAUUUUGACAUCAGAAAAAAGAUCAUCUCAAUUAUCACCAGAUGACAUAGUAAGGGCUAUUGAUCCCAGGAAGGUAGAAAUUCUUCAAAGGUAUCUUCAGUGGUUGAUUGAAGACCAAGAAUCUUGCGAUCCUCAAUUCCACUCACUGUAUGCUCUCUCAUUGGCUAAAUCAGCAAUCGAAGUUGAAAGUACUCAAAACCUGGAUCCAGGAGGAUCAGAGGACACAAAAAUUUAUGAUCUGAGAACUAAAUCAAUUUUUGAACAGCCGAUCCAUGAAAGGUUACAGAUCUUUUUACAGUCUUCGGAUUUGUAUGACCCAGAAGAGGUUUUAGACUUGAUUGAAGGAUCAGAAUUAUGGUUGGAAAAGGCUAUUCUAUACCGGAAACUAGGGCAAGAGGCAAUAGUGCUCCGGAUUCUAGCCUUGAAACUUGAAGACAGUGAAGCUGCUGAGCAGUACUGUGCUGAAAUUGGCAGAUCAGAUGCCUACAUGCAGUUACUCGAUAUGUAUUUGGAUCCUCAAAAUGGUAAGGAGCCUAUGUUCAAAGCUGCUGUUCGCCUUCUUCACAACCAUGGAGAAUCAUUGGAUCCUUUGCAAGUCUUAGAGGCUUUGUCCUCGGAUGUACCACUUCAAAUUGCUUCAGAGACAAUAUUAAGAAUGUUGAGAGCUCGAUUACAUCAUCACUGUCAAGGACAGAUUGUACAUAAUGUUUCCCGUGCGCUAGACAUCGAGGCAAGGUUGGCUAGAUUGGAGGAAAGAUCAAGACACGUGCAGAUCAAUGAUGAGAGCCUCUGCGAUUCUUGUCAUGCACGCCUUGGAACUAAGUUGUUUGCAAUGUACCCAGAUGACACAAUUGUCUGUUAUAAGUGCUACCGUCGUCAGGGCGAGUCCACCUCGGUCACAGGCCGCAACUUCAAGCAAGAUAUCUUGAUCAAACCCGGUUGGCUUGUAAUGGAAUGACGAUGAAGACCGGACGAAACUCGCUGGCUGAGGCAGUCAUUUACCUUCGUCCAAAGCCUGUGAGGCUGGAAAUGUAAAUCAAUUUUUGAUUAUGUUGGAGCUCAAGAGAAUAACUAAGAGGCAUAUUUAUAAAGCUUGUCGUCAGUAAAAGAUCCUCCCCUGCCAGCUUAUGAUCUUGUAGCAUACAUCUGAAUUUCUUCUAAAUGAUGAAAGAUUUUCAGUGUUGCACUUGUUCUUAAGAUUGUAAUCGCAUUGAGAUGUAUAUUUUUUUUCAUAAAGCUCAUAAUUUGGUGAGAAAUUUCAUGGCUUUGAGGAACUCAGUACUUUUACUAACGUUAUUUGGAUCGAAUAUGUAAUGUUUUGGUUCUGGAACUUACAAAUUUAAUACGAUUUAGUUUAAUUU